AUGGGAAACCUCUUUACCGAUAAGAUGUCCUCUUCCGAAAAGCGCGAAAUCCAAAGAAGGCUCGAGCGCGGCAGCAUGCCUCCGCGCAUACCAACAGGCUUUCCAGGAGUCAGUCCAGAAGGAUACUUACACCACGGAACACCACGAUCGUCGCAAUCCCGUAGCAGUGUCCCAGUUAGUCCAAGAAGCCAGAAACCUAGGAACGUCGACCGCAUUUUCGAUGGAAGCGACCAUAUCAGCGAUACAGGUCGCAAGUUUCGCCGUCGCCCGAGCAUCGAGGCACGCACAAGGAAGAGCGAUUAUCAUACGCUGCUUGAGGGCGGGAGCCUGUGGAGUGACGAUGAAGUCAUCGAUGAUGUUGAUACGGACGUGCAAGGACUCGUACAGUCAGAGCUUGUGAAAGAAGAGUCAUCCAACAGAGUGCAGGUACACUUGGCACCACCGAUACCAGAUGCGGCUGUACAUGAACCGAGACAGUCAAUGAUCAGCGUGCUAUAUGGUCGUCAGAACCCGGAUUCCUGGUACUUGACACGGCGCUUGGCCCGGUUGUCUGCUGUCAACAUUGAUACCAUAUUCGAUUCUACCACUCUGCUCAGACGUCGUAACAUUGACGCUGAUGCAGCGGAACUUCACCAACUAUGGCGGCGCACCGGUGUUAUACCCACCCGCUAUCGCGACGUCAACUUCGACUCCGACAGCAUCGAUCCGCAGCAUGCAUGGAUCGCAUGCUGGCCGCUGAUCAACGCAGCGAUACACGGCUACGUGAUAGACGAUGUCGAAUUCGUUGACCGCGUGAUGGACCUGCUCGAAGAGAAGAUAGUGAAAGGCGUACGACCGGACAUCGAUACCAUCUCGCACAUAUUUGGCGACAAAAGACACAACAUGCCGAAAGCUCUAGGCCACUUUCUAGUCGAUCGAUGGGUCGACUCUGCUGCUGAAGCGUUUGGUGACGUCGAUCCGUCAGACUUACCGCAGCCGUUCCUCUGUUCAGCGCUUGAGACAGCUAUGCGACGCCUCUCAAGCGACAAAAGGUCGCCACCGCUGCUAAACUGUCAGUAUCAUACGCAUGCAACAUCCGAGGAGUGCUACAAGCAGAGAAUUGCACCCGAGGAAGCAAAAAGACAACAACGCUACAAGUACCGUCGCGAGAAAGCGAGUCGCGAAGCUGAGCAAGUCGCUGCAGAUUCUCUUGAAUGUGGCAUUGUGGUGGUUGACUGGGAGGGGCGAAGACUUGAGCAGCACAGGAGGCUGCGCGACGAACGUGAUGCUUCUCGGCCUGCUUUCGAUGACCGGAUUGAACCCUCAAGAGAAGUGCAAGAGGCGGAACAAUCAGAUGGGCUUGAUGUGCUGGGGGAUGUCGAUUCGAGGAAUCGCCUCAAUGCGAAACCCUCGUCGUCGUCCAUAUUCGGCACGGCGCAAGCUGACGGCCCCAUUGACGAGGUGAAGUUUGCGCCACCAACACGCGAGCCACCGCCGACGCCGCCAUCGCCAAACGCACGCACCGGACGCGAUGACAGCGCUGUUGAAGGCGACCAGGCCUAUGAACGACUUUUGAUGGAUCAGAAAACCCAGUUCUCGUUGUUUGACAGCGCGAUGCAGGCUGUGAAGAUCGAAGGGGAAAGUGAGUCAACCGCGUUGGACGCACCUGCCAUGCCGCGAAACUCAGACACGAACGCACGGACCGUCUCAGGGGAGAGUCCACGCCGAAGAGAGCGCAGAACAUGCCCCGCAUCAAUUCCGGAGUCGAGAUCUGGUAGUUGA